AAUUAAGAAGAAAGAAAAAGUGAUAUAUGGACACUUGUUUGCACUGGGAUACAAUGGGCAGCUACCAUUCAAAGGAGAUGAUAGGUUUCAACAUAAAUAUUGUGUUUGCAAAAGAAAAGUACCAAAUGGAAUAAAACCUUAUAGAGAAAUAAAUGCAUUAAGCGACCAAGCUAAAAAGGCAAUUGCCCAGAAUUACACUGUGACAUUUACUGGUGAAGAUGGAGUCAGUAGUGUAGUAGAGUUCAAAAAAGAUCACAAAACAGAUUUUUUUCAAAUAGGACGUUCAACAGAAACUAUUAUUGAUUAUAUAGUUAUAGAUACAAUACCAGGAGAGAAGAAUAAUAUUAAAGCAGCCUUAAAGCAAAGUACAAUAUCAAGAUAUGCUUGUCGAUUGGUUGUUGAUCGUAGUCCACCCUAUCAUACUCGAUUAUUUUCUGGGGGAUUUAACUCGAAAAAUCGAAUUGUUCUUAAAGAGAGUGCUCCUCAGUGGACUAGCAGUACCAAGUUUUCUGAUGGUUUGACUACAAAUGGUGUUCUUUUAAUGCAUCCAAAAAAUACUUGGGGUAAAAGUAUGAGACCUGGAGUUUGGCGGGAAGUUUCCAUAUCUGGCGAUGUAUUUGGAUUGAGAUGUUCACGAUCAGCCAAACAAAGAGGCAAAACAACUGAAUUAUCAAAUAUCUUACAAGAUGGUUCAUUGAUUGAUUUAUGUGGUGUAGUUUUGCUUUGGAGGACUAUAGGCGGAAUGGCAAAAUCGCCUACAUUUUCGGAUUUAGAGAAACAACAAGAAGCAUUAAACAGUUUGAAUGCUCAAUGUCCUGUUGGAUUAAUAACUCUGCGCUUUAAGAAGAAAAAAAUGAACAUUGACCUCACCGAUCCUUAUGUCUAUACAACUUGUGGUCAUGUGCAUGGUUAUCAUAAAUGGGGAAUGAAACCUGGUGUUACUUCUGAUACUGAAGAUUAUUAUGACAAAAGAAUAUGUACAUUUUGUGAACAGGAAGGCUAUUUUGUAUCAUUAAAAUUUGGUAUGGAACCAGCAUUUUAUAUUGACAAUGGUCCUGCUACUCAUUGCUUUGUUCCUUGUGGUCAUGUAACUACAGAAGCUACUGUAAAAUAUUGGUCGCAAGUACCACUUCCUCAUGGUAAGGAUCAUUUUAGCUCUUUAUGUCCGUUUUGCUCGGUUCCUCUUGAUGGAAGAGAAGGUUAUGUCCGCUUGAUAUUUCAAACUUUAGUUGAACCUGUCAGAGAAGUACUUUUAUAGACUAAAAUUUCUGGACGACUUUUUUUAGAGAUCUUAUAACUAUUUUGAGAAUUUUCCAUAUUUUUAAUAACUUAUUUAUAUAUUAUUUUCUUUGUUUUACACAUUGUAU